GCCCUGUGAGCAGGCUCCGUCCUGCACUGGGACCUGGGAGAGGAGGAGGGACAUUGAGGAGAGCCGGGCCGUGGAGCAGAGGGGAGGACAGGGCAGGACAGGCCACUACAGGACAGGAGCGGCGGCCCAGCCCGUCCUCUGCCUGCUGCACAGCCGGUGGCCGGCCAGGGAGGGGCUGCUGCCUCCCCCACCCUCCGCCAUGCGCCCUCCUCAGCCUGUGGAAUGUGCGCGGCCCAGGCCCGGGCCCCAGAGCGCCUGGCCGGCCACGCAUGGAGCUCGCUGAGCCCGGCCCCGGUCCUGCCCUGCUGCCCCGAGAGCCCUGCACCCGGCCCGGCCCCCGCAGGCCCCUGCGCACCGAUGGGAUGCGGCUCCGCGAGCUGUCCCUGCGCCAGGACCCUGACCUGAGGCAGGAGCUGGCCUCCCUCGCCCGGGGCUGUGACUUUGUGCUGCCCUCCCGCUUCAAGAAGAGACUCAAGGCCUUCCAGCAGGUGCAGAGGAGGAAGGAGGAGCCGCUGCCCCCCGCGUCCAGCCAGAGCAUUCCGACCUUCUACUUCCCCCGCGGCCGGCCCAGGGACACGGUGAACGUGGACGCCGUCAUCUCCAGGGUCGAGCGCACCUUCACCCAGUUCCCGCAUGAGCGCGCCACCGCAGACGACAUGGGCAAAGUGGCCAAGGCCUGCGGCUGCCCGCUGUACUGGAAGGGGCCCCUGUUCUACGGUGCCGGUGGGGACCGCACGGGCUCCGUGUCUGUGCACAAGUUUGUGGCCAUGUGGAGAAAGAUCCUGCACAACUGUCACGACGAAGCCUCCCGGUUCGUGCACCUGCUCAUGAGCCCCGGCUGCAACUACCUGGUGCAGGAGGACUUCGUCCCCUUCCUGCAGGACGUGGUGAACACGCACCCCGGCCUGUCCUUCCUGAAGGAGGCGUCCGAGUUCCAUUCCCGCUACAUCACCACGGUCAUCCAGAGGAUUUUCUACACGGUCAACAGGUCCUGGUCGGGGAGGAUCACCUGCACGGAGCUCAGGAGAAGCAGCUUCCUGCAGAACGUAGCACUCCUGGAGGAGGAGGCGGACAUCAACCAGCUGACCGAGUUCUUCUCCUACGAGCAUUUCUACGUCAUCUACUGCAAGUUCUGGGAGCUGGACACUGACCAUGACCUGCUCAUCGACGCACAGGACCUUGCCCGGCACAAUGACCACGCCAUCUCCUCCAAGAUGAUCGACAGGAUCUUCUCGGGGGCUGUGACCAGAGGACGCAAGGUGCAGAAGGAAGGGAAAAUCAGCUAUGCUGACUUUGUCUGGUUUCUAAUCUCUGAAGAGGACAAGAAAACGCCGACCAGCAUCGAGUACUGGUUCCGUUGCAUGGACCUGGACGGGGACGGGGCUCUGUCCAUGUUCGAGCUGGAGUACUUCUACGAGGAGCAGUGCCGCCGGCUGGACGGCAUGGCCAUCGAAGCCCUGCCCUUCGAGGACUGCCUCUGCCAGAUGCUGGACCUGGUCAAGCCGCACACUGAAGGCAAGAUCACGCUGCGGGACCUGAAGCAGUGCAAAAUGGCCAAUGUCUUCUUCGACACCUUCUUCAACAUAGAGAAGUACCUGGACCAUGAGCAGAAAGAGCAGGCCUCCCUGCUCAGGGAGAGCGAGGGCGAUGGCCCCGAGCUGUCCGACUGGGAGAAGUACGCUGCAGAGGAAUACGACAUCCUGGUGGCUGAGGAGGCCGCGGGGGACCCGUGGGAUGACGGGUUCGAGGCCGAGCUCAGCCCUGUGGACCAGAAGCUGAGCGCGCUGCGGUCCUCACGGCCAUUCUUCGAGGCGCCAUCCGCGCUGGGCGAUGUGGACCUGUACGAGUACGCGUGCGGGGACGACGACCCGCAGCCGCUGUGACGCCCGGCCAGAGAGGAGGGGACCGUCCGUCCGCAGCGGGCCUGCCGCGGUCUGCGUGUGAACUGUUGAUCGUCCAGCUGUCUUUUGUGCGAGGUGAAGUGUGUUUGUAUGCGAUGAUAAAUUUUUAUUUAUUCAA